GGCCGUCGUCGUGGCUCGCCGAAUCUGUCUACAGACUUCGUAUGAUCACGGAGGACUACUCUCAGACUAGACCUAUACUCCAGAGAAGCAUCGCUACUCUACCACAUUUGUUGUUUCAACAUACCAUUAUACAUUACAAAUAACAGAACACGGGACAAAUCGCUGUUUAUUUGAUCCGGCGAGUGCUUUUAACACACCUUCUAUCGUUUUCCUCGCAGAUCUUCCAGUCUCACCGGAGGUUCCUUCAACUGAUUGACCACCGAAACGGAGGCGCACGCAACAAAAGACAUGAAAGGCUCUUUUCUAGUUGCCUUACCUGUACUUUUCCUCUCUUUAUCCGCCCAGGUUUUCGGCGAAUCAUCCAUUCCAUCAGCAGCUCAGAUCGUGCACAACGCCAAUCGUUUACUAGCUGAAGGGUCUUAUUCCGCUGCUGCCAGGGCUUAUGGAGAGGCUAUAGAGCUUGACCCGACUGGAUAUGCCAACUAUUAUAAACGUGCCACAGCAUACCUGUCAAUGGGUCGUCACAACGCAGCCUUGGAUGACUUCGAACAAAUUCUCAGAAUAAACCCUGGGUUCGUGCAAGCGCAUUACCAAAGAGCAAAAAUCUUAGCCAAAGAAGGGGAUUUUGCCAAGGCGCAAUAUGAACUCAAGGCUUAUGUUCAAACCAAAAGUGAUUCCGAAGCCGAAGAAUUGUUGCACCUCGUGACGGUCGGUGAAGCUGCUGAAAAAUCGGCAUUGCAAGCAUUUGAAAAGAGAAAAUGGCAAGUUUGUGUCGAUCACUCGACUAAGGCUUUGGAAGUCGGACCGAACUCGGAGAGGCUGAGACGAUUGAGAGUAAAUUGUGCAACCGAAUUGGGAGACAUAAAUAUGGUAUAUGGGGAUUUGAGCCGUUUGGCAUCAUUAGACCCGUCGACGACUUAUUUGCCACUACAACUCUCCAAUAUAGCCUACUUUAUCCGAGCAUCUUCCCAAGCAGCGGUUCAUAUAAAACAAUGCCUUCACUUUGAUCCCGAUUCCAAACCCUGCAAAACUGUACACAAGACCAUUAGAAGUCUUGAGAAAGAUGCUGCCAGAGUGCAGAACUUCAUUGAAAGUGGCACGUACCGUCAGGCGAUCAAGAUUUUGGAUGGAGAUGACGGCUUGCUGGUUCGCUUUGAGAAAGCUCUAGAUGACGCGACAAAACCUAAAGAUGGAUUACCGCCUUACCUUGCGCCUCAAUUCCACCCGAAAGAGAACAGCCAGAUGAGGCUGGACCUUUAUGCUCUCGCAUGUAAAGCCUCCGUCAUGGCUAAUGACUUUGGGGAGAAAGGGGCACACUGGUGUGAGGAAACAAUGGGCAUGAACGAGGAGAAUGUAGAUAGCUGGAUUUCCAGGGGGGAAAGGUUGCUGAAAGUUGAAAAAUGGGAAGAAGCCAUGCGAGCGAUAGAAAAGGCUUUUGAGCUUUCGGGAAGAAGGCAAGACAUUCUCCCCCGAGUACAGAAAGCACAACGCUUGCUCAAGCAGUCUAAGCAGAAGGAUUAUUACAAGGUCCUUGGGGUCCCUAGAGACGCAGACGAGAGGGCAAUCAAAAAGGCUUUCCGAAAGGCAGCGAAAGUUGCCCAUCCGGACGUCGGGGGAUCUGAAGAGAAGAUGGCGGCCUUGAAUGAGGCUUACGAAGUACUAUCUAAUACUGAACUUCGACAACGCUAUGACAAUGGUGAUGAUCCAAAUGACCCGACGGGCGGUCACCAACACAACCCAUUCGCCCAUCAUGGCGGUGGUAUGCCAUUCCAAUUCUUCCAGCAAGGUGGUGGAUUCCAAGGAUUCCACCAAGGUUUCCCUGGCGGAGGACAGAAGAUGCACUUCCAAUGGAACUAAUAUUGUUAGGCCUAGUCAUGAUGUAUACACUAUAGGAGAAUUUUUUUUUCAUCUAAGGGGCAAAUAGGGGCGGAUAGUUCUCCACGGAGAGUUUGCACAUUGCGAUAGAAAGCCAAGUCAUACAAGAAGCCAAGCAUGGGGAAGAUCAAUCCAUGAAUGAUAUCCUUUUCCGCAUCUAGCGUUAUCUACGUUUUUAGGAGAGCAUGAAUCUGAUGAUUGACUGGUGGGGGUAGUCAUGGUGAUACAAUCUAGACAUGUUGCCCAGCAAAUUGUCAAACGUAUUACGGAGAGAAUCUACAGGAUGAAAUA